UGCAUCUGCUCAGCGGCGGGUCCCUCCACUCCGAAGGCUCUCUGGUCGCGCUGUUCAAAUAUCGCGAUAGUCGCCUCCUUAAUCACUACGUAAUGUGCCGUGCUGCUUCUAGCGGCGCUGGUGACAGUGCUGAAAGCUGUUGGGUAUGAAGUGAAAAGGAACUGAAUUUUUGUAACAUCCGGAACUGCUUCAAGUUCAGAUCAUCACAAAGUAACUGAAGAUAAACCUCCUGAAACAAGCAAAGUCGCAACACCCAAGACACGUGGAGGGAAAAAUAGGAUCACUUCAAGGGUUCAAUUCGCAAGAAGUAACCAAAUCCUGAAACGACCAAAGAAGACUCCCAUCAGCCCAAUUGCAACACAGAAGAGAAGCAAUCCUAUGCCCAAGCAUAUUCGGAGAAGACGAUAACUGAUCUGAAACCAGAAGUUUGUGCCUACUCAACAGCUUUGACAAAGCACACGUCCCAACGCUGCUCUUAGCCCUCCUCAUCCUCACCACACCUCCGACACACUGCCGGGGUGUGGAGUGGGCUGCUAUCUGCUAUUUUUUUUUUCCUCCUCCCCAUAGUUCCCCCCUACACACUUCUCCCCUCUCUCCUCUUCCAACUGUUUUUCAUUGUAAAUUUUUCUAAGCAGUGUUAUUGCACCUGCGUUUGCCUUUUUUUGCGCCAGAUUUCUCCCCCCCACUUUUUGCUUUAUGCAACCAUCUAGAACUUGUGCCAGAAACGUGUAACAAGUGUGUUCAACUGUGUGCAUGAAGAGAUCUACAGGAACUGUAUAGACAUCGAGAUCCAGACAAUUACAAGACCCAAGACGACUAAGACAUCCAGCGGUGUAUCAUUGGGUGGUUACAUAAAAAUAGUACUUAACAGUCCAGCAAAAAAAAAAAAAAAAAAUCAUCAAGUUCAGCAAGUGCUCAAGCAAGGUUGGUCCGAGUUUAUGGGAAAAUAUGGGCAGCCCCUGGAAAGGCUUUGUUGAGUUUACCUUGCCUGCGUCGCCACCCACCGCGUUUGUUAGCGCUGACCUGGGCAGCACCUCCCCUGUCGGACUCAGCCUGUCGCCAUAUGGCCGAUCCAUGAGUUUUGACCCAGGAAUGCUCCAUAACAAUGGGCACACUGCGUACGCCAACGGCACAGGACCUGGCAUCAGAGAGACGGGCGUGGUGGAGAAGCUUCUGACUUCCUAUGGGUUCAUCCAGUGCUCUGAACGUCAGGAUCGUCUCUUCUUCCACUGCUCUCAGUACAAUGGCAACCUGCAGGAGCUUAAAAUAGGAGAUGAUGUAGAGUUUGAGGUAUCCUCUGACAGGCGCACUGGCAAGCCCAUAGCAGUGAAGCUGCUUAAGAUUAAGCCAGAGGUGCUGCCAGAGGAGCGCAUCUCGGGCCAGGUGGGGCCAGACCUGCACGCCUAUCCCUUUACUGUGCUGCAUGGUUAUAUUCAUCCAGUCGUCUCAGCAAUCCCAGUGCACGGGGAUGGAAAGUCUGCUCCCGUGCAGAAUCCCACUGGCAGCGUUUGUUACGAAAGAAAUGGGGAAGUGUUCUACCUUACCUACACUACUGAUGAUGUUGAGGGGAGUAUCCACCUGGACACGGGUGACAAAGUCAGCUUUUACAUGGACACCAACAAACACACUGGUGCGGUCAGCGCUCGUAACAUUCAGCUUGUGAAGAAAAAGCAAAUGAGGUGCCAAGGUGUGGUGUGCGCUACAAAGGAGGCCUUUGGAUUCAUCGAGAGGGCCGAUGUGGUGAAGGAGAUUUUCUUUCACUACAGCGAGUUCAAGGGUGAUCUGGAAGCUCUGCAGGCGGGCGACGACGUCGAGUUCACCAUCAAAGACAGAAAUGGUAAAGAAGUAGCCACUGAUGUGAGGCUGCUCCCCCAAGGAACUGUCAUCUUUGAGGAUAUCAGCAUUGAGCAGUUUGAAGGCACUGUCGUCAAGGUCAUUCCCAAGGUUCCCACCAAAAACCAGAACGACCCUCUUCCAGGUCGCAUCAGUGCCCGGAUUGGUUUCGCAGACAAGGAGCUGCCGUUUGGCGAGAAGGACACAAAAUCCAAGGUGACCCUGUUGGAGGGCGACCACAUACAGUUCAACAUCUCCACCGACCGCAGAGACAAGCUGGAGAGGGCGACGAACAUUGACAUCCUCCCAGACACCUUCGACUUCACCAAGGAGACGCGUGAAAUGGGGGUGAUUGCGGCUAUACGCGAUGGCUUUGGCUUUAUAAAGUGCGUGGAUCGGGAUGCUAGGAUGUUCUUUCACUUCAGUGAAGUGCUGGAGGAGACCCAACUGCACAUCUCCGAUGAAGUGGAGUUUACUGUUGUGCCUGUAGGUCCUGUUUAUAAGAUUUUCGCCAAAGAUAUGUUGUCCGCUCAGAGGAACCAUGCCGUGCGCAUCAAGAAGCUGCCCAAGGGCACCGUUUCUUUCCAUACCCAGUCUGAGCAGCGUUUUAUGGGUGUGGUGGAAAAAGAAGUUGCAGUCGGCAACAAGAAUGCCAGCCCCACCAAGAACAAGGAGAAGAAAAAAGACAAGGGUAAAGUUGUAGAAAAGGAAUCUGAGGAAGGGGUUAUUGCAUAUGAAGACUGCGGAGUGAAGCUCACUGUGGCAUACCAUGUGAAAGACCUAGAGGGAGGGGGUCACCCACUGGCUGGAGACAAGCUGACAGAUGCGAGACACUUGAACACACCUGAAUUUCUCGACGAACACUUGCUCUUAGGAAAAAUGGCAGAAACGUACGGCAUGCUAGACAAAAGUGAGGACCUCCCCCUUCUGCGCCAUAAGAAGAAAAACGUUCUAGUCAGGGAUCCGCUGAAGGUGGAGUUCUCCAUCAACGAAGUGAAGCGGAGCGGCCAGCAGAGUGCCGUCUCCAUCAGGGUCCUUAACCGUAACACCUCCAACGCCAAGCGACUGCACGGAUUUGUUGCCACGCUGAAAGACAACUUUGGCUUCAUCGAGACGGCAAAUCACGACCAAGAAAUUUUCUUUCACUACAGUGAAAUGUGUGGCGACUUGGACAGCUUGGAGCUGGGCGACACAGUGGAGUACACGCUGUCUAAGGGGAAAGGAAACAAAGUCAGUGCUGAAAAGGUUACCAAAGUGACUGCAGUGAAUGGCAUCGGUGAGGAUGUUGGUGGGACAGUGAUGGUGGGGAAAGUCAUCCGUCCUUUGCGCAGUGUAGACCCCUCCCAGACGGAAUACCAAGGGCUUAUUGAAGUCGCAGAGGAAGGUGGAACGAAAGGCCCGAAUUAUCCCUUUGGCAUCGUGGGUAUGGCCAACAAAGCAGAUUGUCUGCAGAAAGGAGAACUUGUGAAGUUCCAGCUGUGCACGGUUGUUCUGACUGGACAGAAGAUGGCCUGUCACGUAGUCCCUCAGCGAAGGGCCAUGGUGGAGUGCGUCAAAGACCAGUUUGGCUUCAUCACGUAUGAAGUUGGUGAGAGCAAGAAGCUGUUCUUCCAUGUCAAAGAAGUGCAAGACGGCCUGGAGCUCCAGACCGGUGACGAGGUGGAGUUCUCUGUUGUCCUCAAUCAGCGCACAGGAAAAUGUAGUGCCUGCAACGUACGCAGAGUCAGCGAGGGGCCUAAACCAGUGGCAACUCCUCGCCCCGACCGCCUGGUGAAUCGAUUGAAGAGCAUCACGCUCGACGACGCCAGUGCUCCUCGCCUGGUCAUCGUAAGACAGCCCCGCGGCCCGGACAACUCAAAGGGCUUCAGUGUGGAGCGCAAGACUCGUCAGCCUGGUGUCAUCGACUGAGGCGCACAGAGCCCGCCCCCAUUCAGUGUUGGUGGGACGCUCGCGCCGUCCUAAAAGGCAACAGCAGGAGAUAAGGGAAAUUGAUUUGACACAUGCUUGUACACACAAACGCAAACACAAAACAUAAACACAUACAGUAAUCGGCAUGUGUCCUCAUUGAUACCUGCGAGGGAACCGUUCUCAUUCCACGGUAUCCCUGCCUCCCAUGUAUGAUGUACUUGAUACGGAGUCCACACUGCAGUGUACAUGGGAUCUCUUGAGUGUGUGCGUGCGUGUGUCUGUGUGACGUAUCCUAGAAGUGAUUAGUGUGUAACGGAGGUAUUUGUUUCUGAGGGCCCCGUCCCUCUAAAUCAGAGUGAUGAUUGUGCGGCUGUCUUAUGUCCCCCUCUCUCUUUUUGAAUCUGCUUUGUCUGGAAUUCUGCACCUGUAAUCUGUCCAGUAGUUUGCCUGGGUGAAUGAGUGCGUCUGUUUGGCAUGUCUUUUGAGCUACUGCUCCGUUUUUGUUUUUGUUUUUGUUUUUCUCAUAUUUGCUCCUUUACCCAUGGAAACUUAAACUGGUUUCAUUAAAUCACGUUUCCACCUUUCUGUAUGCUUUCCUACAAAACAUAUAUAAAGCAAAGCAAAGUUCCCUCCAUAAGGAGGAUCAUAUUUCUCAUGUGCGAGCUGAAACUGACGAUUCUUCUCUGCUCGUUUUUUUGAGCAGUUUUAAAAUGCUUUAUUGAAGAGCUGAAGUGAAAGCAUGGUUUGUGUGAUGUAUGUGAAUGUCAAAGUAGUUGAUCUGAUAGGAUUUACUUUACCAGACUGGAGCCUUUAGAUACCUUAUUGGUAUUCACAUGCUCCGCUUAAGCAAUUUUUCACGGGUGCAGAAUUCCUCGUGGCAUCUUAUAUCUGCAGUUCUUUUAUACUAUGUUUUUUUUUUUCUUUUCUUUUUUGCACAUAGUUUUUCUUUUUUUUUUUUCAUUGAAAUUCAAUCUGCUAAUAUUGAAUUAAGUAAGAAUAAGGUGCCUAAAAACUACAAGCAAAGUGAAAUAAAAAAAACUAAACAAAACAAAAAACGACAAAACAAAAAAGGUGUAUCCUGUUCCCAGCCAACCGCCAAAAUAUUCAGAACAAUCUUAGGGUGGCUGUCUUUUCUAGUAGGAAUAAUACUGAUAUGCAUCCCAAGCCUGUGGGUUGAACUAUACUGUAUGUAAUGUGUGCUUUUUUUUUUUUUUUCCCUUAGUGAAAGUUCAAACUUCAGAUAUAAUGAAACAAAUUAACUUAAAUAAGAAGAAAGGUAAAGUAUUAGAAAUUCUGUUUAAAAAAAAAAAAAAGCAUUAAAAUCAGGAUUAGUGCUCUUGAAAAAAAAUGGGAGGGUGAGCUAUUGUGCCUCUGCACAUUUAAGUUACAGUCAAAAUUAAUUUCAACUUACGAGAUCGCCAGGGUUUCAGUUGAACCAUCUUCAGAGGUUCUUAUGUUCUUUUGUUAAUGGUCUUGAAUGAAACAAUUGAAUUAAAAGUUUUAUGAAAAUCA